AUGGGUGUCCCAGCAAGCAUCGCUGGGGUCUCAGUUGGUAGUUCAGGAGUAAUAAUUAUCGUGGGUGGUGUUAAAAGUGAGGGUCAGGAAGAGACCGGGUUGGGUGGCGGCAAGAGUGACGGAGAUGCGGUUGGUGCUUUCUAUAUGUUUAGUGGAGACGGAGAGGACCGAGAAGGAAUAAACGAAAAAAUAAUCCAAGAAUUAGUCCAACAUUUUAAUAAUUGUAAAGGAGAAGAGGAAGAACCCAACGAACACCGAGAACCCGACCAAAAAGGAAAUAACCCUUUAUGCCAAAGUUGUCAAAGAGAUGAAGAACAUUCAAGCGAAAAUAAAGAACCCAAAAAAGACCGACCUAAUAAUAACGAUGAGCCAAAUAACCCAACCCCCAAGCAACCAAAUAAUAUAAAUAUCAUUCAAUUAUUAGACCAAUUGGAAAAAUAUUUUGUUGAUAAUGACAUUAAACUUAUCAAAAGAGAAAACGAAAAACUAGUUAUUGAGUAUAAUAACCCUAACUCCAAUAAUACUUUAACCGCUCAACAGCAAGAGCAAAUAAUUGGAGGAUUAGCAAUUUUAGGAACUUUAACAAAGGAAUUCGGAUCCAUUAUUCAACAGCAGAAAAAAGUUGUUGAUGAGUAUAGAGAAUAUUUGACUAAAAGACAAAGAAAAGGGGAUGACAGUUUUUUAAUUCGAGUUAAGAACGAAAUAAAUAAUAAGAUAAAGAUUUUAAGAGACCCCGACUUUAAAGAAUUAGAACCCGCCGUCCGUAAGCGUGAAUUGGAGGACCUUCAAAAAGCCCGUGAUAUCUACGAACGAUUUUUUGACUUUAAAGGCAAUUGA